AUGAAGUCCACAGAAGAAACUUCAAGCGUCAAGCAGGCGGGUGGGUUCCAGGACCAAGAGUUCGGAACACAGAUUGUGAUCAAUGCCGCCACGGAGAAGUCUUACGUUCGUAAGAUGGACUACUGGCUGCUGCCUUUCAUGAGCGUCAUGUACUUCUUCAACGCCGUUGACAGAAGCAAUCUCGGAAAUGCCGAAACAGACGGAAUGAGCAAGGACUUGGGCUUCGUGGGGGAGCAGUACUCACUUCUGAUCCUGCUUUUCUACAUCCCUAAUGGUCUGUGCGACCUUCCUCUCAACCUUUUGACGAAGCGAUUCUCUGGCCGCAUCGUGCUCCCUGCCUUGAUGGUAGGAUGGGGAGGCAUGGCGCUUCUCCAGGCUGCUUGCAAGAACUUCGGUGGCAUGUUAGCUAUUCGCCUUAUCUUGGGGGCGUUUGAAGCCGGCUUCUUUGCGGGUGCGGUGUUCUAUCUUACCCUGUUCUACACUCGUGGUGAACUGGGGUUCCGCAUUGCCAUCUUCUUCGGCAGCGCUUUACUGGCCAGUGCAUUCUCGGGUUUGAUCUCGUUUGGAGUGUUCCGCAUUCAAGACCCUAAUGUCCAUGGGUGGAUGUGGCUGUUUAUCAUCGAAGGUGCUUUGACCGUGGUGUUCGGUAUUAUUGCCUUUUGGUGGCUUCCAGCCAAUGCCCAGACGGCCUGGUUCCUGAACGAAGCCGAACGAGAAGUAGCGAGCCUCAGAUCUUUGAGGGACGGCACCUGCGAAGUGGAAGAGAAGUUCAGUCUCAGGGAGUCUUUCCGGAGUUGGAAUGACUGGAAGUUCCCAAUAUGGUGCAUCAUCAGCUUGACUUAUCCCGUUGCAUUCGCCACAACGGCCAACUUCCUCCCGCUCAUCAUCAGACGUCUAGGCUACGACACAGUAACCACAAACUUGCUCACGGUACCACCUAACGUGGCAGGCUUUUUGGUUCUACUGGCCGUGACGUACAGUUCUGACCGCAACCGAGAGCGUACAUUCCACAUAAUCGGAAGCCUUACUCUCAGCUUGAUAGGUCUCAUCAUCUUGGUUGCCAUCGACGCCCAGGCGAAUAUUGGAGUUGCCUACUUUGCCUGCUUCCUCCUGGCCGGCGGUGCAUACAUUCCCAGCUCGCUGGUUCAUAGUUGGCACAACAACAACAACCUCAGCGAGAACUCACGCGCUGCAACAACGGGAUUGCUUGUUGGUCUCGGAAACCUUGGAGGAAUUCUGUCCGCAGCUACGUUCCGUACGACUUAUGCGCCUCGGUAUGCGCCGACGUUGAUUGCCACGGCGGGAUGCAACGUUGUAUGCAUUUUCUUUACGCUGUGCCUCGGGCUAUGGAUGAGACACGAGAAUGCGAAGAAGAACAAGGAGCAGGGUAUGACUUUGAGGGCUGAGGAUGUGGAGACACGGGAAUUGAGGGAUGGCGAGAAGGACCCGAGAUGGCGAUUCUUUAUCUGA